GCCCCCCGUGUCACUUCCCGUCGCCGCUGGCGCCUCCUGUCCUGGGCCUGCUCCGCGCGCCGGAACCGCGGUACCGACCCCCCCCCCCCCCCCCCGCCGGCCGGGCCAUGGAGCGGUACCGGGGGCUGACGGACACCGAGCUCAUCGCCAUGCUGCAGCGCUACGGCAUCCCGCACGGGCCCGUCGUGGGAUCGACCCGGAAGCUGUACGAGAGGAAGAUCUGCGAAUACGAGAGCCAGCGCACCAAGCUGUCACCCCCGGGGGGCUACUCAGAUCCUGGCACCACCGAGACCUACAUCCGGGAAUCUUACAGCUACCCGCAGCAGGAGGAGCGGCGCCGCUAUGGGGCAGAUGACUCCAGCCCCACCACGACGUACUCGCGGGCACUGUAUGAUUUCCCUCGUCGUGAGGGUCGCACCGGCUACCUGGGGGAUGACAUGGACGAAGACUCUUCCUCCUCCUCCUCCUGGCUCUAUGGGGCAGCCCCAGGUCCCCUGGGGGAAGCCACCGCCCGCCAGCCGAUCGGAGAGGCCACGUCCUACACCCCGAGCAGGUCGGAGGAGACUGAGAGCAGGGACGGUGUCUCCUACCAGCGGGUCUGCCGGGCUCGCCCUGCCCCGCCCCCCAUGCGGGUGGAGCCGCGCCGUGCCAUCCACUCCCUGCCCCGUGGGGGGCCAGGGGGGGCCGGGGAGGGAGGCUCCCGGCGCUUCCUGCCUCUCUGGCUGCAGCUGCUGCUCUUCGGGGCGCUCGCGGCCUUCCUGGGCUACGUGUACUGGGCCCUGCAGGGCAGCGCCGACGACAACCCGUUCGUGCUGCCCCCCGAGGAGUGAGGGGACCCCCAUCCUGCCUCCCUGCCCCCCAACACCUCCAAGGGCCCACGUCCUGUGUCUCAGCCCCCCCAUCCUGCCUCCCUGCCCCCGACACCCCCCAAGGGCCCACAUCCUGUGUCUCAGCCCCCCCCAUCCUGCGUCCCCGCCCCCGGGGCACCCCCAGGGGCCCACGUGCCAUGUCUCAGCCCCCCCAUCCUGCCUCCCCGCCCCCGACACCCCCCAAGGGCCCACGUCCUGUGUCUCAGUCCCCCCCAUCCUAUCUCCCUGCUUCCCGAUGUCCCCAGGGGCCCACGUCCUGUGUCUCAGCCCCCCCAUCCUGCCUCCCUGCCCCCGGGGCACCCCCAGGGGCCCACGUGCCAUGUCUCAGCCCCCCCAUCUGUCUCCCUGCCCCCCAACACCUCCAAGGGCCCAUGUCCUGUGUCUCAGCCCCCCCAUCCUGCCUCCCUGCCGCCGGGGCACCCUCAGGGGCCUGUGUCCCAUGUCUCAGCCCCCUCAUCCUGCCUCCCUGCCCCCCGAUGUCCCCAGGGGCCCAUAUGCCAUGUCUCAGCCCUACGUCCUGUCCCCCUCACCCCGGGCACCCCCAGAGACCCAUGUCCUGUGUCUCAGCCCCCCUGUCCUGUCUUCCAGGCACCCUGAGGCCACGUCCGGUCUCUCAGCCCCCCAGCCCAUCCCUGCAGGGGCCCCUGGCCAAUCCCUCCUUCCUCCUCCCCCCCUCGGCUCCCCACUCUCCCCCAGCAGCCAGGGGCCCCCUGUCUCAUCUUGUCCCUCUCCCCCAGGGACCCCAUCUCCCCCUAGCAUCCACAGCCCCAAACCUUCCCAACCACCCCCCAUGGUGGCCCUGCCCCCGAUUCUGCCAGUUCCCUCCCCCCCAUUCCUGCUUAGGGAUGGUUAUUGGGGAGGGGCCCCGCAGCUGCCCCCACCUCCAGCAGGCUGGGGUCCCUGCUGGUGCCCGGUGUGUUUAUGUAGGGUCUAUGCUAAGUGCCUCCUGGCUCUACCCUGCCCUAGGCCUAGCCUAAGGUGGGGGUAUUGCUACCCCAUUCCCCCCCCCGGGGGUUAACACUAUGGUGGGGGAGGGGCCAUGACCGGGGGUGUGUGUGGCCCAACCCACACUGCAGCCCCUGCCCUACUCCAGGCUCCUCUCUGCCCCCUCAACCCCUCCCUCCACACUCCCCCCCCCCGGCCCAGACCUCUGGGGGGGUCCCCUCUCCCGACCCACCCUGGAGUUGUUCCAUUCCUUUUUUUUUUUUUUUGGUGGUGGGGGGGGGGGUGGAAACUAGUCUGUUGCCCCCCAGGGAAAUUUGUCUUGAAAGGGCAAAAUCACCAAGUGGUGCUGCUUAGCUUGGGCAGGUGGUGGGGGAGGGGAGCAGGCGGGGGGGGGGUCUGGGGGGGGGGUCGCUGCGUUUUCCGAGCCAAGGGGUUUGCUAUUGAAACAAACCAGCCGUGUCAGAGCCACUCAAUAAAACUGGGGCUUUUUUUGGUUGUUUUGUAAAA